AUGGAUCUCCAACGAGCGGCCUUUUCCUCUUCUUCAACCAAUCCUGAUCGAUGCGUCUACGAUGUAUUCUUGAGUUUUAGAGGAAAUGAUACUCGCAACAACUUUACUGCACAUCUACUCAAUGCUUUACGUCUAAGAGGAAUCGAUACCUAUGUAGACAAUGAGAUUCGAAGAGGAGAAGACAUUUCAUCGGCGCUUUCCAAAGCUAUUGAAGAUUCAAGGAUUUCAAUCAUUAUACUCUCUAAAAAUUAUGCAUCAUCCGCGUGGUGUUUGAACGAAUUGAUAAAGAUCCUUGAAUGUAAAGAAACAGAGCAGCAAAUGAUUCUCCCUAUAUUUUACCAUAUAGAUCCAUCGCAAGUACGAAAUCAAAAGGGAAGUUUCAGAAAAGCAUUCAUUAAACAUGAAAAUAGGUUCAAAGAUGACAUGAAGAAGGUGAACAAAUGGAAGGCAGGCCUAAAACAGGUGGCCAAUCUGUCAGGGUUCCAUUUAAAGAAAGAAAGGGACGAAUCUAAGUUUAUCAAUGAAAUCAUUCAAUGGGUGAACUCAAGAGUAAUAAAUCUUUUGCAUUUACACGUUGCCAAAUAUCAAGUUGGAAUAGAGUCUUGUAUACAAGAGAUUGAUUUGCUUCUAAAUGUUGGAAUGAAUGACAUAUGCAUGAUAGGAAUAUUCGGAAUCGGUGGAAUUGGUAAGACAACUAUAGCCAAAGCAAUUUAUAACUUGAUUGCUUAUCAAUUUGAGGGUAGUUGUUUCCUUCCAAACGUUAAAGAAACUUCAACUCGAGAAUGUGGUCUAGUUAAACUGCAAGAGACACUUCUUUCUAAGAUCUUAGGAGAUCCAAGUUUGACAGUUGACAGCGAUGAUCAUGGAAUCAGCAUGAUAAAGAAGAUGCUUCGCUACAAAAAGGUUCUUUUAGUUCUCGAUGAUGUGGAUCAAUUGGAGCAAUUAGAAAAAUUAGCUGGACGACAUGAUUGGUUUGGUUCAGGAAGUAGAAUCAUCAUAACAACAAGGGAUCAAAGUUUAUUAUCUAAUCAUGGGGUUGCUUCAACAUAUAAGGUGAAGAUAUUGGACCACGAUAAAGCUCUUCAACUCUUUAGUUGGCAUGCCUUCAAAAGAAACAAGCCAAUCGACGAUUAUGCCAAACUCACAGAACAUGUAAUACGAUAUGCUGGGGGCAUUCCGUUAGUUUUAACAGUGCUAGGUUCGGAUCUGAAGAAUAAAAGUAUAUAUCAAUGGAAAAGUGCAUUAGACAAGUACAAAAGAUUUCCUAGCAAAAGAAUUCAAGAAAAACUUAGAAUAAGUUACGACGGAUUGGAUGAUAAUGAGAAGGCUAUUUUUCUUGACAUUGCAUGCUUCUUUAAAGGAAAGCACAUGGAUGAUGUUACUAAAAUACUGGAUAGUCGUGGCUACUUUUCAGAUAUUGGUAUCAAAGUCCUCAUAGACAAGUGUCUUAUAACUAUUGAUUGGCAUAACAUCUUGGAGAUGCAUGACUUGUUACAAGAUAUGGGCAGAGAAAUUGUUCGACAAGAAUCGCCAGAAGAACCUGGUAAACGUAGUAGAUUGUGGUUUCACGAAGAUGUUCGUUAUGUAUUAGAAGAAGAUACGGCAACAAACAAAAUUGAAGCCAUAUUGGUAGAUUUGCCUAAACAAGACCCGAUACGCUUGAGUUCCGAGGUCUUCACGAAGAUGAAAAGGCUCAAAUUGUUUAUAAAUCAAAAUGGAUGCUUCUCUGGAGGACCUAAUUAUCUCCCUAAUGAGUUGAGAGUACUUGAUUGGCCCGAAUAUCCUUUACAAUCUUUGCCAUCCAAUUUUCGUGGAGAGAAACUCACUAUUUUAAGAAUGCAUAGUAGCCCCAUCAAGGAACUUGGGGAGGGAUUCAAGAGUCAUGAAAACUUAACAACCAUGGAUUUCUCUUACUGUAAAUUCCUAACAAAAAUCCCUGAUCUUUCAAGAAGUCCAAAUUUAAAAGAAUUGACUCUCCGUCAUUGUACAAAUUUAGUUGAGGUUCAUGAUUAUGUGGGGUUUCUUGAUAAGCUUGAGAAUAUGAAUCUUUUGGAAUGCUCCAGCCUUAGGUGCUUUCCAACGAGUCUCAAGUUGAGAUCUCUAAAAUUGUUUGAACUUAAAGGUUGCUCAAGACUUGAGAAAUUUCCUGAAAUAGAGUGCAAGAUGGAAUGUUUAAUAGACAUUGGAUUAGAGCACACUGGUAUAAAAGAACUGCCUUCAUCCAUCAAGAAUAUCACUCGACUACGUUCUUUAUAUCUAAAUGGCUGCAAAAACCUUGUACAUCUCCCCACUAGCAUUCAUCAGUUGCAACAUCUGCAGAAUCUUUUGCUCAGUGAUUGUUCAAAACUUGUAAGGAUCGGACAGGAGGUGGCAUCUAUCGUGUCUGCAACGGAAUAUGAAAUUUCCACAAAUUCAAGCAUAUCUAAUGAUGACUGUUCUUCUAUGGUGUUUCCAUCACUAAGACUUUUGGAACUUGGAUGCUGUGUCCUAUCAGAAUCAAGUUUAUUGACAAGAUUUAAUUGCUCAUCCUCAUUGCGUGUGCUAAAUCUAUCAGGGAGUGAUAUAGUUAUCAUUCCAGCAAGCUUUAAACGAUUUGUUGGAUUGAGGAAGCUUUGGUUGGAUGAUUGCAAGCAACUACAAAGAAUUUUAGGACUUCCACCAACUAUAGAAGCGAUAUAUGCUGGAGGAUGCGUAUCAUUGGAAAGUUUUCCACAAUUAUUAGAGAAAUUCCGAUUUGUUGUAUGUGAGUUACAAGUGCUAUAUUGGAUUCGUUUGUCUGGAUGCUACAAAAUGCUCAUGAAUAUUGGGAAUCCUUCACUGUCUGAGAGACAUCUUGAUCAGAGCAAUACAUUUAGCAUUAUAUAUCCGGGAGAUCAAAUUCCAGACUGGUUCAGCCAUCGGAAGGAGAUAUCAAAAGGUAAUUCAUGUGAGAUGAAUAUCAAUGGGCCUUUCAAUUGGAAUGAUAUCAAAGGAGUUCUUUUAUAUGCUGUUUUUGAGCCCCCGAAUCUGGUCCCUCUUGAACCAAAUUUUUCAUUUCGAGUUAGGAUCAAUGGUAGUAUUGUCCCAAGGGGACAGUCACAGGCUCCUUGGCGUGAAGAACGAAUAUCUCAUUUGAUGGGAUUAGAUCACGUAUGGCUACUUUACUUGAUUAUAGAACCCAAUAUCCUGAAGGGGAACAGUCUGAAAUUUGAGUUUCAGAUUUCUUCAUAUUCAACGAUCUUUAAAAGUUGUGGAGCCCAUAUGGUGCCAUUCAAGCAUGAAGAGAUCAGAGCCAAUCCAGGCGUGCUCCAUGAUGAUGCUGAUCUCCACUUGGAUAUCCAACUUUCUAAGAGAUUCCUUGACGAUGAUGAUAAUGAUCAUGAUGGCAGCUUAGAAAAAAGUUUCUACCCACAAAAGAAAAGUCGUUCUUCUUCAACCUUGGAGAUCGAGAUUGCAGACUUGGAGGGUGACCAUGAUAAUCUCAAGGAAGCUUUGGAUUUAGAAUGUUAGAAAUAUAUUUGUCACAUGGUUUGUUGCAGAUAGCUGACCUCUGUCCAGUUUGUGCAAACUAGCUAUUUCAGAACACAAAGCUCA